AUGAGUCUAUUCGAUGAUCUCCCUGAGCCAAGUGUGGAAAGCAAUGAUCUACAGAAACCUGAAAUAUUGGGAGGAGACUCCAGUUGGGAUGAGUCGGAAUCUGUUGUUAAACUUACUCCAUAUCUUUGUUCUGUUGUCGCCAGAAAAGGUGAGAGACCGGAAAUGCAGGAUUCCCAUAUUGUUGUCGAUAACUUGGUAGAGCUAAUGUAUCGAGGAGUCUCCAAUGAAAUAGCUAGAGUGUGCUAUUUCGCUAUUUUCGAUGGACAUGGAGGAGCAAAAGCAGCUAAUUUUGCUUGCAAGCGUUUACAUCAACAUAUAGCCAUGCGAUUUCCUCGAGGUGGGAUGCAACAGGUAGAAAAGGAUAUUAAGCGUGUGUUAUACGACUCUUAUAAGAAAACAGAUGAGGAGUUUUUGAGAGAGGCUUGCCAGCAGCGCCCUCACUGGAGAGAUGGUAGUACAUCAGCAACAAUCCUAUUGGUCAAUAACACACUAUACAUUGCAAAUCUUGGUGACUCUAAAGUUGUCCUAGCCAGAUUGGUUGAGUCCCCAUCUGAAUCUAAUAACGUUAAUGUCAAUAGUAGCAAUACUUUAAGUAAUCCAAAAUUAAGUGCAAUCUGUUUAACAAAAGAUCACAACCCCAUGGAUUAUGAAGAACGGCAGCGUAUUCAAGCCACCGGAGCUUCUGUUCAAAAUGGUCGUGUUAAUAAUGUCCUAGAAGUUAGUCGGUCAUUUGGUGACUAUCAAUUUAAGAAACAAGGUGUUACUUGUAUCCCGGACGUGAAAAAGUGUCAGCUAACGGAUAAUGAUCAAUUCCUGUUAAUAGCUUGUGAUGGUCUGUGGAAAAGUUUCCCUCCGAAUGAAGCUGUUCAUCUCACUCAUGAACUUUUGAUGCAAGAGAUUAAAAAGUAUGAAAAUGAACACAGAGAAUCACAAAAUGGUCAAUGUACUGAUUAUUCUCAGAUUUUGUGUCAACGGCACCUGGACUCAGUGUGCACGCAUUUGGUUAGUGAAGCUGUUCUUCGUAUGUCUGGUGAUAAUGUGACCUGCAUUUUGUUGGUUUUUCCAACCAUGUUUGUCAAAAAGCAUCAUUCUACUGAUCUCCCAGGACAUCCGUCUAUUAGUCAGGAAGAAGAUUCUUUAGAGCCGCGUUCCAAAUUGCCACGGAUUGAAAACUAUCUUCUGAAAAACCAACUGUGUAUUUUUGACUCUUGGAUUACUAAAAACUGGCCAGCAUGUUUUUCAUGGCGUUCCCCUGAUGGACUGAUUGACUUAAAAAAAAUAUUCGAAAAUGUUCCAGACGAGAAAUUAUGUGUUUCUGAUUGUUCUGUAAUCGAAUUCAACACACAUCCUGUUCGUGAAGUCACUGUUGAAGAAUUUAUUUCGUAUUGGACUGAUAAAGCUCAAGGAAAAGAUGAUCGCAUUCUAUAUUUGAAAGAUUGGCAUUACUUUAAAAAGAGUUCAGAAAACAGUUGGUUCACGUUACCUGAAUAUUUUUCUUCUGAUUGGUUAAAUGAAUUUUGGAGCCUACGAAAUGAUCUCUCUGAUGACUUCAAAUUUUUAUAUUUAGGGAGUCAUGGAACGUGGACACCUUUACACGCUGAUGUGUACCGUUCUUUCAGUUGGUCUGCCAAUAUACUUGGCCACAAGCGUUGGUGGAUUUUUCCUCCUGGUGAAGAAAGAAAGCUCUUAUCAUCCAACGGACAAAUUCCUUUUGAUAUACGCUCCAUUAUAAAAGACAGGACAGAUGUGAAGUAUUAUUUAGUCGACCAAUAUUCUGGACAAGUGGUUUUCGUACCUUCUGGAUGGUAUCAUCAGGUUGUAAAUAUGACUGAUUGUAUAUCUAUAAACCAUAAUUGGUUCAAUGCUACAAAUGUAAGUCAUGUUUGGGAUCAUUUACAAGAUCAAUUGAAAGCUGUUGAAUUGUCAACUAAAGACGUAUCUUCUAUUCCUGGAUGGCAUGAAGAGUGUCAGACUUGUUUACGAGCAUACGCAGGAAUAAAUUUCGAAGAGUUCUUUUCAAUGUUGAAGUAUAUUUUAAUAACUCGUUGGCCAAGAAGUAGUUCUAAUGAUGACGAUGGUGUUAGUUCAUUUCUGAAAAAGUGCAAAUCCAUGCAGUAUACAUCAUUGGACGUGCUCAAUAAUGCUAUGGAUUAUGAACUAACUAGUUUGAUUGAAACAAAUUUAGAAAUAUUUCAAACUGCUUUAAAAAAUCCUCUCCUUUGGAGGAAGUAUUAUACAACAGACGUUAAGACAUCUACUUGGAUACGUAUGCAUGAUUUUUGUAUGGUAAUACAAAUUAUCAAGGAAUUUGUUCAUCAUGAAACUGUUAAUACUCUACAUCUUUGUAAUGGUGUUUUACAAUCAUUUUGGAGUGGUCUUUAA